UCAAUGGAAGAAGAAUCUAAUGUAACAUACAUAACUCUUGAUGGGUAUGUAGAAAUAGAAAAAUACAGAUAUCUUUAUUUUGUGAUUAUAUUUACAAUAUACGUUCUUAUAAUUUGCUGUAAUUCUACUAUUGUAUAUCUCAUUGUGACAAACAAAAGCCUCCAUGAGCCCAUGUACAUUUUGAUUGCAGCUCUCUUAAUCAACUCUGUUCUUUUCAGCGCUGCUAUCUACCCAAAGCUUUUGAUUGACUCUUUAUCUGUAAAACAGAUGAUAUCUCAUCCUCUGUGUCACUUUCAAUUUUUUAUAUUUUACUCUUCAGGUGGUUCAGAGUUCUUACUGCUGUCAGCCAUGGCCUAUGACAGAUAUGUUGCUAUAUGUAAACCUCUGCAAUAUCCAACUAUCAUGAGAAAAACAACCAUAAGUAUUUUCUUAGUUUUGUCUUGGCUUUUGCCUGCUUUUCAGGUCGCUUUGUCAGCUAUGUUUAGUGCUCACAGCAAAGUUUGUAACUUUACCUUGAAAGGAAUCUUUUGUAAUAAUUCAGUUUACAGACUUCACUGUGAGACCUCAAGAGCACUCUCUGUGUAUGGUGUGAUUAUUUUACUCAAUAUUGUAGUUUUACCUUUGCUGUACAUUGUUUUCACAUACACAAAGAUACUCAAAAUAUCCUAUCAAAGCUGUCGAGAAGUGAGGAAAAAAGCUGCACAGACCUGUGUACCUCACCUGCUUGUUUUAAUCAACUUUUCAUUGUUAUGUACAUGUGAUAUCACAUUACUUAGACUGGAAUCAGACAUUCCAAAAACUGCACGUUUAAUAAUGACUUUACAGCUGGUUAUGUAUCAUCCUGUCUUGAAUCCAAUCAUAUAUGGACUAAAAAUGAAAGAAAUUUCCAAACAUCUCAAGAGGUUGUAUCCAUUAUUUGCCUUUUUUACAUCCACAUACUGGAAGUGUCUAUUGGCGAAGGAGUCUCGUCCCCCUGCAGGUCACUAUCACAGCAAGGAGAGAGAAAAUGUCCUGGCUCCGCCACUGUCCAUCCUGUCCUGUGCUGUGCAGCUGGAGAACCACACCAUGCAGCACCUCCAGGGGAACCCAACCCGUACCUACGCCUUCGCCUUUGUCUACGUCGCCAGCCUCCAGGGGGUUCCAGCCCGCGCUUUCGCUUUCGCCGCCAGCCUCCAGGGGGUUCCAGGCCGCUCCUACGUCUUCGUCGCUGCCCUCCUGGCGAGUUCCAGGCCGCGCCUACGUCUUCGUUGCCACCCUCCGGCAAGUUCCAGGCCACGCCUACGCCUUCGUCGCCGGCCUCCGGCGAGUCUGAGGCCGCGCCUACGCCUUGGUCACCGGUCCAAGGAUGACAACAAACUAGCACUGUCCAUUGAAGACAAAGCCUUCCUAGCUCUCAUGGAUUCAGAAGUCCUCAUCAAAAUGAGGAGAACAGCUGGGUGGCUCCUUUACCCUUUCGGCUUCCUAGACAAUGCCUUCCAAGCAACAGGGAGCAAGCUUAGAAAUGCCUCUGCUCACUUCAGAGAACCCUGGAGAAAAAGCCAGAAAUGA